AUGAUACUGAGAAAGCUGGAAAACAUCGAUCGUAAAUUGUUGGAGCUUCAUCACGGUCAGAACGAGCUCCAAAAGGAAAUAGCCAACAUCAAGGCAUCACAACAGGCAACAUGCAUCAGCCAGGUUCAGUCAUAUGAGAAAGUGUUAAACUCCAUAUCACAACAAAACCAAUCCACGCCGUCAACUGCUACUGUACCAACAACGCCAAGAACAACAGCUCCGAAGCCGAAGCAACCUCCUUUUACCUCGUGCAAAGAGGUACCGUACAACGUUUCCGGAGUGUAUUUAAUCCACGUGAAUAACUCUAAUUCGUCAUUCAAUGUGUUUUGUGACCAAGAGAACUUUGAUGGGGGUUGGAUUGUGGUGCAGCAUCGGUUCGACGGAUCGGUUGAUUUUUAUCGAAACUGGACAGAAUAUCGCGAGGGUUUUGGCAACUUUGAAAAUGAAUUUUGGCUUGGACUAGAAAAACUACACCAGAUAACGAUGACUCGGGUUCACGAAAUAAUCAUCGAGAUAAAGGACUUCAACGGCAACUACGGGUAUGCCCGUUAUGAUGAGUUCAAAAUAGGCAGCGAGUAUGAACAGUACCAACUAACUCUAGGAAAGUACAGCGGCAAUGCCAGUGAUUCAAUGUCAUAUAACAAAGGAAUGAAGUUCUCAGCUAGCAAUCGAGAUAAUGGUAACUAUUAUAGACACUGUGCUCAAGACUUUGAGGGCGCCUGGUGGUACGGUGGUUGUACUCUUGCCAAUUUGAACGGACCAUAUAAGAAUAUUAACCAUCAGAAAUCAACGUACUGGUAUUAUUUCAAAAAUGACUAUCGAGGAAUGAGCUUCUCAAGGAUGAUGAUCCGGGAAACGUAACAUCCUGAUCCUAUUGAUCAAAACCAGCAAAAAAUUUGAAAAUUAUAAGCAUAAAAC